UCCGAAUUUCUACAAACUCCAGCCAUAUCGCGUGCGACAGCACCUUCCUCGUCAACCUCGCCACAGCACCGCAGGUGCUUGAGAUGUGAAUGCCAGCUUGAGAUCCGAGGAAUUGCCCGUCCGGUGCACCGGUGUGCAAUGGCAGCACAUUGGAUGUAUCACCUUGCCGCGGUUUCCAUCGCUGUAGCAACGAGGCAGUUGUCUGAAAUCUAUUUUUCUUGAGGACUAUCAGCGCCCCUCUCUCUCCUCCCUCCGUGAGUGCAUGUGUGUGUGUAUGUAUAUGCGUGUGUUUGUGUGUGUGUGCCAGAAACGUUGAAAACUGUCUCUGAAUAUGGGAGUGCAUGCAGACCUAAAUUUCGACUUGAAGUAAACGAGGUGAAAGGGAAAUAAUUAAAGAAAAGACGGAAGAAACAUUUUUUUUUGCAACCGCUCAAGCAGUACUGUGGCAAAAUGCAUUCAUCCUUGAAGGAUCAUUAGAUUUUAUUCGGAAGAAUUAACUGCGCCGUGUGCAGAUCUAUAAGAAAUACAUAAAAAAAAGCAGCAUUGGGACAAAACCUUUUACAUCUUCUAAUCGUUUACUAGCUAUGUUGCUUAAAGAGUAACGCUUUAUCUACGGUCUUUUCCGAUGGUUUGGACUUUUAAGGGGGCUCUGUAUUCUGCCAUACAUUUGCCAUUUUGACCCCACGAACUAGUUUCUAGUCAACAACCAAGGAAUGUGGACAUAUCAGAGAAGACGUUACUUUGGUAUUCUGUCGGCGCCGGUUGUAUUGGUGGCGGUGGUUUGCUGUGCACAGAGCGCAAAUGAAUCUGGUAACAUGUCGUUUGUCAAGGAAACGGUGGAUAACCUGCUACAGGGAUACGACAUUCGCCUCAGACCAGAUUUUGGAGGUCCUCCAGUCAGUGUUGGAAUGAAUAUUGACGUCGCCAGUAUUGACCAAGUGUCUGAAGUUAAUAUGGAUUACACGAUAACCAUGUACUUCCAACAGUACUGGAGGGACAAACGGCUGGCGUAUUCAGGAAUUCCUCUCAACCUGACUCUGGAUAAUCGAGUCGCAGAUCAGCUCUGGGUGCCCGAUACGUACUUCCUGAAUGACAAGAAAUCAUUUGUGCACGGCGUUACGGUGAAGAAUCGGAUGAUUCGCCUCCACCCUGAUGGGACAGUGCUGUAUGGGCUGAGAAUCACAACAACCGCUGCAUGCAUGAUGGAUCUGCGGAGGUAUCCACUGGACGAGCAAAACUGCACGCUGGAAAUAGAAAGCUAUGGUUACACCACAGAUGACAUACAGUUCUACUGGCGGGGUGGAGAUGAUGCAGUGACCGGAGUAAAUAAGAUUGAGUUACCACAGUUUUCAAUUGUGGAAUACAGGCUGGUGUCCCGCAAUGUUGUUUUUGCUACAGGUGCAUACCCAAGACUUUCACUGAGCUUUAAAUUAAAGAGGAACAUCGGCUAUUUCAUUCUCCAAACGUACAUGCCGUCCAUUCUGAUUACAAUUCUCUCCUGGGUGUCAUUUUGGAUCAAUUACGAUGCUUCAGCUGCAAGAGUUGCUUUGGGAAUCACUACUGUGCUGACUAUGACAACCAUCAAUACUCAUCUGAGAGAGACCCUUCCAAAGAUCCCCUAUGUCAAGGCCAUCGACUUGUACCUGAUGGGGUGCUUUGUGUUUGUUUUCUUGGCCUUGCUCGAGUAUGCGUUUGUCAACUACAUCUUCUUUGGGAGAGGGCCACAAAUGCAGAAGAAGCUGCAAGAAAAGACAACGAAAGGAAACCACAGUCGGCCUAAGUAUGAAGGCAAUAGGGUGGACGCCCAUGGAAAUAUCUUGCUGUCUACCCUGGAGAUCCACAAUGAAGUCGCAGCUACUGAGGUGACGACGAGUGUGACCGAGUCGAGGAAUUCAGUGAUGUCCUUUGACAACUCAGGAAUUCAGUACAGGAAACAAAGCACAGCCCGUGUAGGACUGGGCCGCAGCACGCCUGACAGAAAUGCUGCCCAGGCCAAAAAGAACCGGUUGCGAAGAAGGUCAUCCCAGUUAAAAAUCAAAAUCCCAAAUCUGACUGACGUUAACGCCAUAGACCGGUGGUCAAGGAUAGUAUUUCCAGUCGUUUUUUCUCUCUUCAACCUGAUCUACUGGCUCUACUACGUAAACUGAUGCCAAGGUACUAUCCACAAAGUUCUGAGGACUCCAGUUAGUGUUACAGGAUGAAUCAACUCUCCAGUCAUUAUAGAAAUGGAGGAUGUGGUCUCACAGCAAUGGGAAUCAUUUUACAGUAGAACAAAAGUUGUGAUCACGCAAAUGGGAAAAAUAAAAUUUAAAAAUCUAUAAGGAAAAUGAUAAAGGAUGAUAUCCUCAGAGAGAAAAAGAAAACGAAUGACAUUUAUAGCCUUGAAACAGUUCAUCAUAUUUUGCAUGACACCAUGUCACCUAAACAAUGAGUUAUCUGCCAUAUACACUAGAAAUUGUAAAAAAAAAUUAGUAAUUGUUUGGACCUUGCAAGAGUUGCUUUUUCUUGAAGCUGUCUUUUUCAGCUAUUUCUAAAUACAAUGAUCACAGCUGGUUAAUAUACAGUAUUUAGUUAACUCCCACAAUGUUCUGCCGCAUUAUAAUUCAACGUGGAACCAUGCAGUGUUCCUCUCAGUACAUGGCACAGGAUGAUUCCAGUAUUAAUUUGGCAGUGAAUGACUUUAAGUGAUCUAAUCAUUUUACACUCUGUAUAGAUAUCAUGGAUAAUUUAUUCAUGGGCAGAAUUCUUGGGAUUAGUUGCUAUUCACGAUUAGGCACUAUGUAAAUAUACUAGUUAAAAAAAAAACUUUUCAUUUUAUUUCCAUUUUCCAAAACAAGUAUGGUAAAUUCUGUAGUUUGCUCAGUGGUAACUUCAUGAACAUUCCUGCAUACUGUUUGAAUUCUUUGAUGUUCCAUUUGAAAAAAAAAUAAAAUGUAAAAAAAAUUAAUAAAA